AUGUCCGUCCUCGCUACCCAAGCCGAAGAACCCACGAAAUGGGGCACAGCCACCGAAACAACAGCAGAUCGCUACAGCCGCACGAACACGAUGCAGCGCGGCUACGGCCAUGCUCUGACAGAGAUGAUGAACAUCUCCAAAGGCCAACACGUCCUCGUGGCUGCAUGUGGUCCCGGAAGCGACGUUCUCGACAUUGCCCAUAUUGUAGGCCCGACUGGGAAAGUCGUGGGGUUUGAUCUAGACAAAUACAGCAUCAAGCGGGCGCGAGAGGCUUUGGAGGAACAUCCGGAGCUCAAGCCUUACGUAGAGCUUCACAUCGCCGACGUGCACGAUCUUUCCAUGUUCGCAGGACAGAAGUUCGAUGCCAUUCACUGCAACAUGUCAUACCAUUGGUUCAGCGACAAACCUCUCUUCCUCGCUCAAGCCGCCACUUUAGCCAAGCCCGGCACUGCUAUUGGUCUCGCGACUCAGGACGGCGCAUUCCAUCUACCCAUCCAAGACGUCCGCGACGACGUCUUAGCAGAACUCGGCGAGCCUAUUGACAAUUUUAUAUGGCCUUCGACCCUGCCGGAGAUGCAGCGCGAUCUAAGCGCCGCUGGGUUUGGCGAUGUGAAAGUAUCGCGCGGUUUUGGCACGCGUACGCUCGAGAGCGUGGAGGCGCUGUAUGGCUACCAUUUGCAGGGCGAAAAGGCGGAGCGAAUGAAGGACAUGGUCAUGGAGAGGUUCCGCGGUUUGGCGUUGGAGGAUGGGCGCGCGAUUUUGCAGUUCAAGCAUUUGUCUACCGUGUCAUACUAUGGGCGCUGA